AUGAUUCUCAUGGAAGAUUCAUUACCAUUAUCUGCCGUGCAGCCAGCAAAGAAAACAGAUCAACCUUUGGACCUGAGCAAGAACGGCCUUGAGGAUGAUUUCGACACUUCAGAGAACGUUGUCGAGGAGGAGGAUGGCGAAGAUAAAGACGAUGAAGGAUCGAUGCUAAAAGUGCCUGCCGUCAUGGUCCAAAGAUCUAAAACGAAGAGUACUCGUUAUGGCCGCAUCAACGGUUCAAGUACAUACACGCAAGAAGAUCUGAAGUUAGCUCUGAGAGAGGUCAAACUUGGUAAGAUCGGCACACGGCGUGCUUCUGUCCUCUACGGUAUCCCACGAUCCACCAUCCGAAAUCAUCUGAACCGCAGCAAGGCCAACAAGCAGGAGGAAGCCGAGGAGGUGGCCCACCCGACAGCUGUGGAGGAAGUGGAGAUGAAGAUCCCGAAAAGGUUGCCCUACAUCAGUGAUCCAGUCAACAACAAACGUGUGAAAGUAGAGAGAAACUUGAUCCCCGAACCAAACUUAGCAUUCCCUUUUACAGCCUUGUUCCAGCAGUACCAGCAGCAGGGUCUCAACUACGAAGACUGCUCAACGGACGAGGUUGUCGGCAAGCUCAGGAAUUUUCUGCAGGGCAGGUCAGCUGGGGGAAGCGGCAAGCUGCCAAAGUUGGCAGGGUUCGAUCACGGCCUUGACCAGGCUCUGGUGAGGGAGCUGGUGAUGACCUGCACCAAGGUCGGGUCUCUAGGAACCGAAGAGGAUAUGCAACGGAGAGAAAACUACGCCAGAGACCUCGGUCAAGACAAGCUACCCAACCAAGUGUUCCAGCACCUGAUAGGACAUCUUCUAGAGACGGAGAAGGUGCAUCUGUUGAGCGGGAAGAAGGACGUCCGGCAGCAUAUAGGUAUCGCAUCGGUCAUACGCCAGCCUUCUUCACCCAAGCAGGACCAAGACGUGAAGGUGCCUUGCUUCAAACCUGUAGUGUGUGAUAUUGGUGGAAUCCAGGAGAUGGACAAGAUGCAGUACUGUGACAGCAGCAGCUCCAGUCACAGCAGUCCCACAAAGUCCUUCUCACCCUCCAACAAUAACAACCAAGCCAGCCACUGUGCCUCCUAUGAUUCCAUGGUGCCUGCAUCCAGUAAACGGCCCAAGCGAGGGCGUUACAGAUGCUAUGACCGUGACAGUCUCAUCCAAGCUGUAAACGCUGUACAGCGUGGCGAGAUGAGUGUCACCAGAGCUGGGAAUGUCUAUGGUGUUCCUCAUUCAACUCUUGAGUACAAGGUCAAAGAGAGGCAUCUGAAGAGGAUGGCAAAGAAAGGGCAGCAGGUUCAACAGCAGCUACAGCAACAGCAGCAACAGAAGACAUCAGCAGAGAAAGGGGAGAGCAGUAAAGCACCAAUCUUAGGGGUACCACCAGGUAUUCAUUUGCGUGAUGGCCCCAGUGUACCUUCAGCACUCGCCUCUGCUCGACCAUAUGAGAGCUUUGCGGAGAAGCUUAGAGCCAUGAGUGAGAAGCAAGCCCUGCAGAAUAGCUACUCCUACCUCAGGCAGCAACUGGAAUCUCAACCUGCUCUUCUGGCAAGCCAUGGGAUCAGCCUGCCUGCAGGAGGCCUGUCUCUGUCUGAAGCCGACCGCUACCGCCUUGAGGAAGCCCAGUCUACACUUGCUGCGCACACUCAACUCGCCCUCACCGAGCAAUGGGCCCAGUGGUUGCACAAACCAGUGUUCUCUUCGCCUUUCUUCAACAUCUACACUCCUCCGCCCGCUACUCUGGGAAUCGACCCCACAGGGAUGUUCUACCGGAUGGAAGAUCCAAAGCAAGGCGGAAGCAACAGCAGCAAAAAGCCUAGCGUAAGUGAUGCCAUCAACCGCCUUGUAGAAGCCCAUCUCUACAGCUCACUCUACAACCCUGCCUUUGGUCCUGGUGGGUCUGACCAUGGCAUCCACUCUUCGAUGACCGGUGAAUCCACCUCCAGCCAAGAGGCUGACCAAUCGGAUGACCAACGUUCCAAGCGGAGAGCUACACCUGAGGACGGCGAAGACAGGCCUCAACCCAAAAAAGCCUUGAAAGCCUAGAGGCAAGAGUCACAUCACUCUUGUCUAUCACAUUUAUCACCAUACACCUUUCUGCUAACUAGUACAGAUUCUAGUCUAGUUUUCUAUUCAAAUGGGUGAAUGCGCAUCCAUGCUUUCUAUGUACCACAAUUGUGGUAAAGAUUGAAUAUAUCGGUAUUUAUUUAUUUAUUACUUUGGUGUGUUUCAGACAGUAUGGGUUCUCUCAGAUGGAAAGUGCAAAAUCCUACCUUUAUUUAUUUAGAUACAGGUAUCAACAAGUGCAGUCCAGGUAUAUCAAUAUUAUUUCCCGUUCUUUGGAAAAUGUGAGAUGAGUAUAUUUUUUUCUUGAUGGACAAAAAAAAUCAUGUACUUUGUGCAAUUUGUGUGUGUAUAUGAUGCACUUCUCUGUAGCACAGGUUGAAUUAGUUUGUAUCCACUGUUGUUUGGUUAUAUCCGGCUGCUGUUGACAGUGUAGUUUGUAUAGUCUGUGCAUUAAUAGCUUAAGACCACUUUUACAUUGUAAAUAUGCUAUGUUUCUCACAAUAGUGAUCCUUUUUUUUGUAACGCCACAAAUGGUCUCAAUCUUGAAACUACAUUCUUUGAGCCAGUUAAACUGUACUUUUGGCUAUCAAUCAACUCAAUCACAUAUCUAUCAAUUCCUUCAAAAGAGAAUUGGUGUUUUUUUUUCUAAUAUUUUCAGGUUAUCAUAUUUCUAUUGUGAUAUUUUAUUUAUAAGGAAGCAAGCAGUAUUUUAGUUUUGCUUCGCCUGUAGAGUUACAGUUUCUGCAUUUUAAGAUUAAACUGUCUGUUGAUCUUUGAUGCUCCGAAUUUCACAUGAAAUAUGAUCAGAAAUAGAAAAAAUUUUUCUGAAAAUUGUAUUCCACUUCCAGAGAAGUAUGUCUGGUUUUUCGUGAUAAUGAACGAUUGAAUUGUAUAAAAAAAAUCAUUAAACUCCCUAAAUUGAAAAUGCAAUGAAAUAUACUAUCAAUAUUUAAAUUGGCAAUUUUUAAGUUUGCAAUAAUUAUUCAUUUCAAUUCAUUUGAUUAUUCUUCACUCCAAAUGAUUUACGUACAUCAGGAAAAAUGGUUGCCUGUUUGAGAGUUGAAAGCUGAUUAACUUAGACCUUGAAAAAAGUCUAUAUAUGGGCUUGUUUUAAUAGAAAGACAACACCGAGUACGGAUUUGAUGGAGAUAUCAUAUUAUUACGAGGACAUUCAUUAUUCUUCAUCUCCAGCCCAUAUUCUACUUCAGUGAUUUAAGUUAAUCAAUAUUAAGUCCACUGGAGUGUCAGUAUCUUAUUAAAGUAGAAACCUUGUGAACGUCUGAAGUACUCUUUAGGAACAUUGUGCAAUAUACCAUGAUUAUUUAUACAUAUAAUUUGCCCUCUUGAUGAAAUUGGAAUAAGUCUUGCAAUCUUGCCCCAAGCCCACACAUAGUGUAAUAUGUAUGCUUCUAAGUUUUCAGUUUCAUUGGGAAAUUCUACUCACCAACCCAGUUUAUACUUGACUCUGUCUUGAUGGCCUGAAGUCGAAUUAUUUUGGUUAUUUUUACAUUUGGUAUGAUUUUUAAAUCGUUCUGCACCAUGCAUCACGGGUUGGAAUUAUUCUGUGCAAUUGUAUUACAUUGUGUUUACAGCUCAUCAUUUGUCUUUCUGCCCCAGUGAUCAUGUCUCAACAUACUCAUUGCCUUGUGCAAUUUGUAUUUAAUCCACUGAUUGUGUUACUGAUGUGUUUCAUAUUUAUAGUUCCUUUUUAUGAUACACUCUAUAGUCUAAAUAUCUUGGUUGGAUAUUGGUUUUGAACUGUAUGUACCAACAUAUCCAAUCAUGUUACGUGUCAUGGUGAAUCUUUUUUCAACUUCAAGAAUGUAUAACAUAUCCAUAAUGAUGGUCAUGAACACAAUAUUUGUUUACAGGGUCUUAUGCACAUGUAUGCUUCAUUCACUUUUUCGGUUGCUUUAAUUUUUGACUGGGGUACAUGUAUUUGCUUCUAUCUUGUCACGGCCCAAGUCACUGCGCAUUAAGCAGCAGGUGAUGGGUUCAAAUCCCAUCCCACUCAUCCCGAUUUUAUUUUUUGACUUUUUAUUUUGAUAGACUUAUCCAACACACCGGCAAAUGCAUAAAUUCCCAUUGAAUUAAAUGUUCAGCUUAACGAUUGUCAAACCACAAUCUGAUAAAAACUUUGAAAAACUUACCCCAGGGUUCCCACAGUCAUGGAAAAUCCUAGAAAAAUUUGUGGUCAUGGAAAGUACGGGAAAAGUCAGGGAAUUUGGAAAAGUCAUGGAAUUGUAUUUACCUCUUGGGUGUGGUAGCUUUCCAGUUUGUCGUGUCUCGCAACUCUCAUACUCUGUGAUCAUAAUUGGUGUUCACGAUUUCCAUUUUUCCAAGUUUUGUGAGAUCCCAAAUUCUACAUUACUCACAGGAGUCACAUGAAGUCAUGGAAAGCAGCAAUUUAUUCAUGGAAAAGUCAUGGAAUUUGGUUUUCAAAUUUCUGUGGGAACCCUGUUACCCCAACCUCUAGACAAAACACAAAUUUUCAUGUGAACAUAGUCCCACAUUUAGGUUUGGUGACGUUUCCAAAACUGAAAAUUUGUUUUUUUGUUUUAACAUGGUAAAACAUGAAAUCUAAGUAGUGUAGUAGACUUCGCAAUUGUCUCUUAAAGUGACCACACACCUUAUUAUUGGUCUGCGACCCAAUUUUGAAAUUAGAUGUACAUUUUGAUAUGAACAUUGAAACUUGGAUCAUCUUAACUCGGCGAAAUUCUAGAUUAUCAUUAGAAUAUGUCAGUUCACAUUCAUGAAAAUUGCUGCUCUUUUUAUAAGAAUAAAAACGAGUUUGAUAUACAUGUACAUGUCUAAUUAUAACGAUGUCAGCAAUCAUCUAAUUGGCUACAAUUGAAACCAAUUUGGACUUAACUCCCAAUUAAAAGUCAUUUUACCCAAAAUAUAAAUAUUUAUGUAUUCUCAGUCAUUUUGUGCCUCAAAAAGGAAGAUCAUAUUUGUUGAUUUUUAUGGGGAAUACGUAAAGUGAGAUUUCUUCCAAAAUUGUAUCGCAGCUCAGUCGUAAGGUGUGCGUUGAUCUUUAGACUCACAUUCCAUUGCAGAUUGUUUCUCUGCUUGUGAACACUGACUAUUAGACAGGUUUCCCUUUUCUUCUCUUGAAAUUCAGGAGGAAAUUAAAUCUCUCCGGGUUUGAUUACUCUCUGACUCUUAAUCUUUAUUCUUGAAUACAAAUGCUAGAUGAAUUUUAAAGAUCAUAUUUUCAUGUAUUUCUUUUCAUAAAGAGGUAUUCAGUGUAUUUCCUCCUUUAUAUAAUUGUUCCUCAAAAAUAUCACAAGGAAGUGAGCUGUAUCUUGAUUUAUAUAGCAGACAUUGUUUGUGUGAGAAUUGUCAUUAUUAGUAGUAUAAUUGUGUUGUACAUUACUAUUUCCUUGUCUUAGUGAAACUCUUUGAAGUGUUGACUUUUGUUCAUCAUGUGCAAUGUUUUUUUUUUCUUCACAAACAACUCGUGCAAUCCAUGUGCUUACUCUUGCGAUUGUAUUGCUACUUUGAUAUUCACAUGGACUAUUUAUAAUCAUUUUCACUUCUUUUAUGAUAUCUUGAUCCUGUGUUCUUUAAUGAAAAAUGUGAUUUGCUGUUGAGCCUACAUUGACUUUAAAAAGUAACCUAUUGUCUGUCGUAAUCUCUAACCUGAGACAUUAAUGGAAGUUUCUCUUUCAAUCAAUUUUCUCUUGGUAAUGACCUAUCUGUAAUUUCAAUUUUCCCUCUGUUUUCUUUCCUUCUCUCUCUGCGCACUCUCUCCUGUAUGAGACCAUCAUUGCAUUCAUUAUUUUAAAGGGGAAUCCUACCCAGAUAAAAACUUGUUUUUAUAAGGAAAAGAAAAAUCAGACAAGUUGAUAGGUGAAAGUUUGAACAAUAUUGGACAAACAACAAGAAAGUUAAGAAUUUUUAAAAGUUGUAAAUAUUGGUAAUCACGAUACCCAUGGAGACUUCAAAUUGGCCGCAUAUGGGAUGUCAUAGUGAUGUAAGGCAAGGACCACUCUUCUAUGUACUCCAAUACAUAUUAUGGCUAAAAUGUAAUUUUUCCAAAAAGUUUUAUUUCAAAUUAUAUUUUUCUUUCAUGAGGACAUAAAACAAUAUACUACCUGGGUUACAUUUAGAUUACUGCCCCAGGGGAAUGGGUACUUAGGAGAAAACCACUAAUCCCUGAUAAUAAAGUACAUGGCCUAUAUGGGAAAGUUGUCCUUGCCCUUUGUCAUAAUUUACUUACUCAGUUGCCAAUUUGAAAUCUACAUAGUAUUAGUGAUCUCAAUUUUAAAGCAGCUAUAACUUUCUUAUUGCUUGUCCGAAUUCUUUCAAACUUUCACCAUUCUGUUUCAUUUAUUUUUCUCCUUCCCAACACAACAUUUUAUGGCCAAGGCUGGAUUCCCCUUUAAGAAUUCAUGGAUGAAGAAAAUCAAUAUCUAGAAAAUGUCUCGCGAUGGAGUAUGCAUUGACAAAGAUAACAUUUCUUUCUGGUUAGGAAUUUGAAUGAUGGAGGAAAGUGCAUCAGAGUGAUCUUGAAUGACCGUCUCUAAUGCACCUAAGUUGGUGCUUGCUGUAAAGCAAUGUUAUCGCCAAAAUAAUAAUAAUAGCAGGGCCCGCUGGGAGAACAGUUUUCGGAACUGAAGCGGCUUCCCUGGGUAAAUAUACCUGUAUUAUUAUUAUUAUUAUUAUAAAAUGAUAACAAAUUUACUUGAUUCUUCCGAAGGGUACGGGCACUGCACACAGGUUAUCACAUGUGGGACUAUGCCACAAAUGAUCAGCUCAACAGUUUCAGCCGUCAUCUGUUAUCUGUUCAUUAUAAGGGCAUUCAAAGAGUAACCGUUUGCAGGGAACCGUUUUUAUUAUGACAUUCUUCUAAAAAUCAUGGAAAGAACUUUAUAAAAGCUCAAAAUGAUUAUUUAAAUACUCCUCAACUUCUUAUGUUUAUCUUCAAGUUGAUACCAACAUACGUGUAUACAUGUAUGUGAUCUCUUCAGGAAGAACAAAUGAAACUGGGAGUGAAGAAAGUCAAUUUACCUUUACUUACGGAGACUAAACUCAAUUCUUUUUUAUUUUUACUGUUAAAGGAGAAUGAAACCCUUGAAACCAGCUGAAUCCAUAUCAAAGAGAAAAAUCAAAGGAACACAUUGUUGAAAGUUUGAGGAUGAUUGAAUGAAUAAUAAGAAAGUUAUGAGCAUUUGAAUAUUGAGAUCACUAGUGCCAUGUAGAUCCUCCCAUCGGCAAUGCGACCAAGAUCUGUGAUAUCACACACGUACAACUCCCUCAUUACUUUAGUACUUAUUUCACUUAUAUUCUCACUUUUAUAGAGUCUAUCACAAGGUGAGGUAUUCUCUUUAUGAGAUGACAAGUACAGAGGUUUCACAACAUUAUAUCAUUGAUGAAUCGUUUGUCAUAUGAUUAGAAUGAGCAAAAAGAAAUGUUUUGGGGUAUAUUUUCAGUGUCCAAAUGGGAGAGUUGUACGUGUGUGACAUCACAGAUCUUGGUCGCAUUGCCAAUGGGAGGAUCUCCAUAGCAUUAGUGAUCUCGACAUUCAAAUGCUCAUAACUCUUUUAUUGCUAGUCCUAUUUUACUCAAACUUUUGUUGAUCUUAUUUUUUGAUUUUUCUGCUUUCACAAAAGCUAACUUGCUCCAAGAGUUUCAUUCUCCUUUAAAAGGCAACUGGUUAUUUUACAUGCAAGAAAAUUUGGAUUUCAACUGCAGGGCCCCGUAGCAUAAAACUAACAAUUGAUUCUUGGUCUGAUUUCUAUAAUUGAUUGCAUUGCAUGGUGUGUAUGAUCAAUUGUAAAAAUCAGCCUACAAUCAAUCGCAGAGAUUUAUUGUAAGGGGCCUUUCUCAUUUUGUAUUGUACAGGUGCGCACAGAUAGACAAUCUUAAACCAACUCACUCGUAGUAACUGUGGGUAUGCUAUUCACAAGACGCAUUCUUAUUUACAGUUAGAAAUAAACUGAAACCAACUCACCUGUAGUAAUCGUGGGUAGACUAUUCACGAGACGCAUUCUUAUUUACAGUUAGAAAUAAAAUGAAACCAACUCACCCGUAGUAAUCGUGGGUAGACUAUUCACAAGACGCAUUCUUAUUUACUGUUAGAAAUAAAAUGUGAUUUUGUUAAGGUCAAAAAUUGUGCUUGCAUUUAAAAAAAAGUCUAGUGUGAAUGAAUUUAUUACAAUGUUUCAUAUUGUGAAAUGGACUGCUGGAUUAUGAUUGAUGAAAUGUACCAUGAAUGGAAUGUGCCUCAUAAUUGUAUAGAUAUAUUGAUUAGAAAAUGAAAUCACUAUCUCGAUGGAUCGACGAUGAUUUGACAAAUUUGUGUUUUUAUCUAAUGAUAUAGGUAAACGUGUGAUAUUUUUCUCAGUGUAAAUGCAAAUGAAUGAAGCAUUCCGAUGUUUUCAACAAGAGAAAAUCUGUGUUUUAUAAUGUUCACCCUUUUUCUUCGCCUCGAGGGAGAAGGUGACAGAGUAACUAUGUGAAAUAUGUAUCUUUGGUGGUAUGUUUCGGGUAGAAUAUUUGUGGUCUUAUUUGUUUUGACUUAAUUUGAUAUUUGGUGUUGGAUGAAUAUAGUGAAAUUGACAUAAUGCACACACACAAUGGGGUUGACUUGCAUUCAUUUUUGUACACUUGCCUAUAAGUUUGAAAAGACAUACAUGUAGUUUCAUCAAUCACAUAUUGUGAAUAUGCAAAUUGACAAGUGAUAUUAUUUACCUAAAAACAAGUUUGUUUCUUGCAUAUUUAUUGUCAUAAUCAGUGAAUCAUGAAUUGAAGUGUAAUUCUGUCAAAUCAAGCAAGCUGCAUUUUAUAUUGAUGGACCUGAAUUGAAUUAUCAACAUCUUUAAGUGGAUAUUUUAAUAUUCUUAAUGUGUAUUUUGCAAUGUAGAUAAUUGCACAAUGUCUGCACAGUAACGCAUUUAAAUCCUUGGCACGCUAGGAUCGGUAUAUUUUUUGAUCGUUUUAAUCAAGAAAAGAUAAAAAUGCUGUAGAUAAAAUGAGAAGCCCAAUUAAUUUCAAGAAAGGUUUGAAGAAAAAUUGAGGAGGAAAAGUUACAUGUUGCACCUAAUGAUUGUUGCACAAUUUAGUCAAGAGCAAUUACACGGCAAGUACACCUUUAAUAAGCUUUCGAAAAAAUUAAUCAAUGUGUCACAGUGAGGUAGACCCCCCCCCCCCCCCUUGAUGGAACAGAACGAAAAUGUUGUUUAUAAUCUUAAGAUUUUGCACCCAUACACUUUUACUGACAGUGUACUUUGUUUGAGACAAAAUUAUUUUGUCAAACUAUGCGGUAAGACAUGCACCAUAAAUAAUCUACCGUUUGGACAAUAUAAGAGGGCAUAACAAAUUUCUUAUUGGUAUAAAGAAAAAGAAACUUUGUUUGAAUAUCCAUCUGUAUAUGUUCAGCACAGCACUGUUGAAUGCUAAUUUCAUUAAAAAUGAACAUAUUUCAUAUGAUCAAUUGACUAAAGAUUUCAAAUAGAAAGGAAAGAUCUUUUUAAAGUCCUUCAGUUGGUUUUGCUUGUAACCCUCGAGUGCAGCAAGGUACAGUUAUGCAUGAAUAUGAUGAUAGUAAUUGCAUUAUAUUUUGAUCAACAAUUUUUAAAAUAUGAUGAAUUCAAUUAAUUGUGAGUACGGGACUGAAAUAGUACAGAAAAUGCUAGUUCAAUACAGGUACCGUAAACUCGCGUAAAUCGACCAUCUAAUAAUAUAAGUCGAAUCAAUUUUUUUUAGACCAGUGUCCCGUACUGUUAGCGAUUGAAGGUACAUUUCAUUUUCACAAUUGUUUGCACGUUGUGGUCGGUGCAAUCGUAAAGAUAUUCUUCUACGAUGAUUGCUCAUCUUUUUUUUUCUUCAUAGGUCAGAAUCUCUCCAGUCAAACAGGGCCUCGUAUUAUAAAGAGUGAUGAUUGAUCCGAUUUAUCGCAAUUCUAUGGAAAUCCAGUAAUGUUAUAAUAUUUUAUACAAGAAAUUAAAAAUAUGUCCUUUGUAAACAAAAAGAAGCACAAAGAAAACCAUGGAUGUAUGAAUACUUCAUACAUGUAGUUAGAAAAUAUUUUGAACAAACAGAUGGUGACAUUCCUGGCUUUCCAUAGUUGUGAUCGAUUGGAUCAAUGGCAACUCUUUGUAAGACGGGGCCCUGAUUUAGGUGGUCCCAAAUUGAUUUGUAUUGUCUUAUGAGAGCUCUCAACAAUGGUCGCUAGAAGUAAUGAAACCGUUCCCAGUCAUCUAAGUGUAAUGUUGCCUUUCUUGUUGAGUAGUGUCAGAUAAGCACCCAAUCACUUGUGAUAUUUGUGUGCAAUAUUUAUUUGAUAUGCACCGUUGUUAACAGUAAUACUGGAUAGCUGUUGAUCCACAUUAGAGCUGGUGUAUAUUUUACCAAAGUGAAUAUAUUUGGGGAGAGAAGUCACUCUGUGACACUUAUGCAGCUCUAAUUUUUAGAACGUGUUUGAGCUGUACCUUUUUGACGAUCUCGCUAAAAAAUGGAAAUAAAAGAGAUUUUAAAAAUCUCUUAUUCAUCUCAAGUUAUACAUAUACAUAAAUAUAUAUAUAUAUAUGUAUAUAACACACUGGUUAGUUUUAAGAAUUAUCACAAUUCUCAUGUCUUUCAAGUUAAGAAAAUUUCAACUUUCUUAAACUUGAAGCUGGAAUGAAAUAUUUGGAAUGGAAAUAAAUUGAGGCUUAUCUGUUACAUCCACAGUUUUUGCAUUUGAUAUUUAAAGGAAAAGGGUGCCUACUGCAUUAACAUUUUGUCCUAGUCCUUAACUAUGUAUUAAGAACACUCGACAUAAAUUUAUUGAAUUUUAUGGUUAGAAUGUCUGAGUGAGUGCUCUUUGGAAUUGAAGCUCUUAUUUCCAUUUUGUGUUUUCUGUGAAAUUCACUUGCAUUCAUAUUGAAUUAGUGUAAUUGUGACUGAAGUGUUCAAUAGACUCCAAUUAUUACCACAUAGCUUUUAUGAUGUAAUGUAUCGUCUUUUUGUAGUGUGACGAUUGGAUGCUUACAUAUAUCUCAUAAUUAUGAAAUCACUAAAUAUUGUAAUGGUUUGCGUACUGGUCAAAUUGUGAUGCACUUUGUUGCAAACAAUACAAUCAUUAAUUUAUCAUUCCCAAGAAGCAAAAUAAGAAUUACAAAAAAAAUAUAUAUUUUCAUAGGGAAAUGUGAAGUAAUUCUGUAAUGAGAUUGAUUUAUCAAGAAUCUUUGUCAACAUUCACCUUAUUUGUAAGGGUGUUGGGGCAGGUUUCAUAAAGCUGUUUCUAUGCUUCUUACAACUUAAUGCCCGACUUGUGACCCUUUCUUUGGUGCUAGAUCAAUUCUCAUUAGCUACAGACAAGAUUAAAACUUUGCAGAUUAAUUUAUCAUGUUGAACGGUCAUCCACAGGUAAAAUUCAAUAUAAUUAUUCAGAGUUUGAUUACGGUUACAGGAACAUGCACUCCCCACAUUAGUUAUAACGGCAGAUUUCAGGGAAUCUCCGUUAAGACAAGAAAUGGUACCAGUCUUCUGUAAAGCUGUGCAUUACUUGUAUUGUAAUAACCAACUCUAUGAAACUGGUCCCAGUAAAGUGACCCACACUCAUUGGCCCGUAUUCUGAAGUCAGCUUUAACUUAGACUCAGGUUUAAAGUUGUGGUUUAAGUAUGGGAAGCCAAAAGUACCAAAUUUUUUAUUAAGUUGUACGUUUCUUAUGUUUACUGUGCUCUUUCCUGAUUCAUCGAUGGUGAAGACAAUAAUCUAUAUAAUACUUCCUAGACAAUUAUGAAUGAUUUGAGAGCCAAAUGAGCUGAAAUAUGAUAUCUCUACCGUUAGUGAUUUAUGUAACAAUUGGCUGUCCAUACUUAAACCACAACUUUAAACCUGAGUUUAAGUUAAACCCGACUUCAGAAUACGGGCCAUUAUCUUCUAAACGACUAGUCCAAACAAUCUCGGUUCUGCCUUGGAUUUGCUACACUUACAAUCAUAGCAAUGAAACUGACCAUAUAUCAUUGGAAAUAAUAAAGAUGAAUUUGAUCUGGAGUUGGUUUCAUCUUUGUGACUUUGAUAAUACUUACAUGUACACCCUUUCGAAUGUACUUUGAGUGGAUAUUUCCUUACUAAUGCCUUCAUUGAAUUGAAUAAUAUCUGUAAUCGCCCUUCAAAAAGGUACCACAUAUGUUAAAGAGUUGAAUUGAUUUGCAUGCAUAUUUUCAUCAACAUCUCUCUGACAUUCUGAUAUGUAUAUUUGUGUGCAUUGAUUUCCAGUUUUAUGGUUAAUUGUUUGCACUUCGUGUAUGUGUAUAUUAUGAAUAUAUGUGCAUUGCCUUUUUUUUCACGAAAACGAGGGUUAAUUAAUGAGAGCCGCCCCUGAUGUUAUAAUGUUGAGAAAAAUCAUGAAAACCAUUUUAAUGAUUUGAUUAAGAGUAAAAGAUCAUGUUAAUAUUUAAUGUGAAUUUUAGAAAUCCCAAAUGAAACCAAAUUGUACUAUGAAUUCAUAUAAAUGACAUUUGAUUUCCAUGUUGUGUCAAGUACAGAGAAAGAGGAGAGAGAGGGAGAGGGUGAAAGAAAAGGAGGGAGAGAGAUAAAGAUUAUGAACUUUAAUAUCCUAAUUUCAUGUAUGAAAUAUUUAUAAUGAACAUUUCAGCAAACACUGUAACUUCAUGCUCCAUUUUUCCUAAGAAAUGAGAUGUCCUUUUUUGUUAUGUCCUCUAAUGUAGUAAUUAUCUAGCGUACAAGGAGUAUUCAAUUAAUUCAUUAGAUUGUUAUUCUGUAAUACUAUUCUUGGUAUUUCCUUGCCAAAUAUAUGCCAAUGAUCAUGCUUUUAAACGUAAUUUAUUUCAACACUUUUUUUUUUCCAUUCUCAUUAUCAUCAUGCAGUUCAAAAUGGAACCAUUUUUCUAUUGUCCAUUUUCAAACAAAACUUGCUGAUUGUUAGGUUUAUAGAAAUGCAAAGAGGAUUUCAAUUGCUCUAAUGGUAGGGUUUCUUUUAGCUAGGUUUAGUAUCUCUCAUAUAUUUUGAUGGAGGGAAGAUAUUCAGGAAGAUCUCACUUUUAAACACAGACACUUGUAAAACACCA